CAAACAUAACCUCUUUCUAGCACACUAUAACUCACCUCAUGUUUUAUAUAUACACAGUGUAUAUCACAUAGCCUUCCAGUCGAUUGUCACAACACAUUCAUAGAAGGCUGGGUGUUUUUAUAGUAAAUGACUCCGGUCCUAAUACUACUCCUGGUAGCCCAGAUAACAACUGGUGCCAAAAACAACGAUAAGCACAUCCAUGUCAGAACACUGAAUGGCAGUGCUUAUGUACCGAAAAAUGGAAUCAAGACAGCAGGUGACCUUGCUAAAAAGCUAGAACGGCAAUAUGGAGUCCCGGUGGGACUAUACUCACGCGGAGAAAGGCUGGAUCACUGUGAUCAACUGGUUGAGCCCACUGUGGACAUGUUAGUGCCCCUUAGGGGUGGUAUGACAGUACAAGUACAGACGAUGCUAGGCCAAAAAAUAGAAGUAGAGGUAGACCCUAACGACACAGUAUUGGAGUUCAAGAAGAAGUUAAGUAAAAAGCAAAAACUACCAGUAGACCAGCAAAGGAUAAUAUACCAGGGUAAGAUGCUACAGGACCACAAGACACUGGCAGAAUACAAUAUACAGAACAACGCAGUUAUACACAUGGUACUGAGAUUGCGCGGAGGAUAGUAAAACAUAUACACAUAUCUAAAAGUAUAUAAACCAAAGCUAAAUAUAGCGUGGCGCGUC